UAAUUAACGUAGAAAGUGCUGACACAGAGGAUUUUCCCUUCCGUUGAGCGGCUUGAUCCCAAAGCUCGACACUCGUUGCUGUACAUGCCAUACAACGAGCUCCUAAAAGCAACCAUCCAAACCCAAUUUUCCUUAUUUUCCCUCACUGUCUGCCCACCCAAACAACCUUCCUCUAUCUCCUUAACUUGCCGAUUCAGUGUGUUAUCCGAUAAACUGGAUUCUGGCUUCGUGCGUUUUCGCAAGGUUAUGGAGGAGGAGGGUGGAUCGGCGAUCAAUGGAGGAGGCCUGACCUCGAUGGACUCGACCGAAUCGCGGUGGGUUUUCCAGGACGAGGAUGACUCGGAGAUCGACGACGACGACGACCUUUCACAUCGAUCUAUGGCGUCUGCCUUGUUGGAUUCAGAGGACGACGACGAUAAUGCCGAGCAGAGACUGAUUCGUACUGGGCCACGUAUUGACUCCUUCGAUGUCGAGGCCCUCGAGGUUCCUGGCGCACACAGAAAUGAGCUCCAGGACUUCAGUGCAGGAAAGAAGAUUACACUUGCUUUCCAGACCCUUGGGGUUGUCUUUGGUGAUGUUGGAACAAGUCCAUUAUAUACCUUCAGCGUCAUGUUUAGCAAAGCACCCAUUAAUGGAAAUGAAGAUGUUAUUGGAGCAUUAUCACUAGUUCUAUACACUUUAAUAUUGAUCCCUCUUAUCAAGUAUGUACUGGUUGUUCUGUGGGCCAAUGAUGAUGGUGAAGGUGGUACUUUUGCAUUGUACUCGCUGAUAUGUCGGCAUGCUAAGGUUAGUCUUCUCCCAAAUCAACUUCCAUCAGAUACCCGUAUAUCAAGCUUCGGGUUAAAGGUGCCAUCUGCUGAGCUGGAGAGAUCGCUAAAAAUCAAGGAAAGACUUGAGACUUCACUGGCUAUGAAAAAGCUUCUUUUGAUGUUGGUACUUGCUGGAACAUCUAUGGUGAUAGCUGAUGCAGUUGUUACACCAGCAAUGUCAGUAACGUCAGCUGUUAGUGGUCUAAAAAUUGGAGUAGAUUCAAUUGAGCAAGAUGAAGUGUUGAUGAUUUCCAUUGCCUUUCUUGUGAUUUUGUUCAGCGUACAGAAGUUUGCAACAAGUAAAGUGGGACUUGCUGUUGGCCCUGCUUUAUUCAUUUGGUUUUGCUCUCUUGCGGGCAUUGGAAUUUACAAUCUUGUUAAAUAUGACAGCAGUGUCUUGAUGGCAUUUAAUCCUGUUCACAUCUAUUACUUCUUUAAGAGGAACUCAACUAAGGCUUGGUAUUCUCUUGGGGGUUGUCUCUUGUGUGCAACAGGUUCUGAAGCAAUGUUUGCAGAUCUUUGCUACUUUUCUGUGCGAUCAGUUCAGCUUACAUUUGUAUUUCUUGUUCUGCCUUGCCUUGUGUUGGGUUACUUGGGUCAAGCUGCAUACCUUAUGGAAAACCAUGCUGAUACUGAGCAAGCUUUCUUUUCUUCAAUUCCAAGUGGUGCUUUCUGGCCUGUCUUGUUCGUUGCUAACAUUGCUGCAUUAAUUGCCAGUCGGGCAAUGACAACAGCCACAUUUUCUUGUAUAAAACAAUCGGCUGCACUGGGUUGUUUCCCUCGUCUAAAAAUCAUUCAUACAUCUCGGAAGUUCAUGGGCCAGAUUUAUAUCCCUAUCAUAAACUGGUUUUUGCUGGCAGUUUGCCUGGUGGUUGUCUGUUGUAUCUCAAGCAUUGAUGAGAUCGGAAAUGCAUAUGGAAUUGCCGAGUUAGGAAUAAUGAUGAUGACGACAAUUUUAGUAACCAUUGUUAUGCUGCUUAUAUGGCAGAUAAACAUUGCAAUCGUGCUGAGUUUUAUGGUAUUUUUCUUGGGGUUAGAAUUGACUUUCUUCUCAUCAGUUUUAUGGAGUGUAACAGAUGGAAGUUGGAUAAUAUUAGUUUUUGCUGUAAUUAUGUUUUUGAUAAUGUAUAUCUGGAAUUAUGGAAGCAAGCUUAAGUAUGAAACAGAAGUAAAGCAAAAGCUAUCAAUGGAUUUGAUGAGGGAAUUGGGUUGCAAUCUUGGCACAAUCAGAGCUCCUGGUAUAGGUUUACUCUACAAUGAGCUGGUGAGGGGAAUACCAGCUAUUUUUGGCCAUUUUCUGACAACUCUCCCGGCAAUCCACUCGAUGAUAAUCUUUGUCUGUAUAAAAUAUGUUCCGGUACCUGUAGUGCCUCAGGGUGAAAGGUUCCUUUUCCGGCGUGUCUGCCCAAGGAGCUACCAUCUAUUUCGUUGCAUUGCCAGGUAUGGUUAUAAAGAUGUUCGCAAAGAAAAUCACCAGACUUUUGAGCAGCUGCUAAUUGAGAGCCUUGAGAAGUUCAUUCGCCGAGAAGCACAGGAACGAUCAUUGGAGAGUGAUAGGGAUGAUGAUACAGACUCUGGAGACUAUUUAUCUGGCUCAAGGCUUCUUAUAGCUCCCAAUGGGAGUGUCUACUCACUGGGUGUUCCUCUCCUAGCUGAGUUCAAUGAGGCAAGAAAGCCCAUUUUGAAAGCAAGCACAUCAAAGGAGUUGAGACCAGUACUACCUCCUACAGAGUCAGCAGUGUCUGAUGCAGGGCAGUGUUUUGAAAGAGAGCUGUCUUUUUUACACAAGGCUAAAGAAUCCGGGGUUGUUUAUCUUCUUGGUCAUGGUGAUAUUAGAGCUAGGAAAGAUUCGUGGUUUAUUAAGAAGCUAGUCAUAAACUACUUUUAUGCUUUCUUGAGAAAGAACUGCAGAACCGGGAUUGCGAAUUUGAGCAUGCCCCAAUCACAUCUAAUGCAAGUGGGCAUGACAUACAUGGUUUGAUGGUGGAUUUUGAAACUAAAAUAAGGAAAAUCUCGAUCAAUUCAACACCAGAAGUUGACACAGGCGCCUGUGGUUCGGACAGGGUUCUCUGGAAUGUUCUGCCUUCUAUUCUAGUUCGAUUCUUGAAUGUCCACAUUUUUGCACUGUUCUCGUGGUUAUGCCUGGUCAUUUGGAUCUACCAAUGGUAGAAACUUUUCGUCACCUACCCUAUCGGGGAAAGCUUUUGUAUUGUUUAUUGUGUUGUACCAUAUCAACUCUUGUAAUUACCAUCUCAAAGUUGUAUAAAUGUCAUUCAACAUGACAUAAUUCCACUUCAAAUUGUUUUGCUCCUAAUAACGUCGGACUGGCAUAGCUGUUGACCUCA